CAUUCAGUGUGGCUGCAAGGGGGGAACCGCGCUGCACCUGCCAAACGCUCCCUCCGAGCGCUCUCUCUCUCUCCUCCCCCCUUUCCCUUUUUGCCUUUUCACAUUUAUUUACCCCCUUCUUCUUCUUCCUACCCACGAAAAGCAGAUCCGCACAGCCCAGCGCGGAUACAACCCCAGCUGCUGCCUUGCUCCAAGAAGGACCGCUAUUGAAUGUGAUGCUUCUAUAGAUCUUUUAUUCCCCCCCCCCUUCUAAUUCGCCCCCCUCCCCGCACCACCCUAUUUAAAUUCUCUAUUUUGGGUCAUCUGGGAGGUUAUUAUUUCUUUGUCUCUCCCCCCCCCCCUCUUUGGAGCAAAUGACAGUAUUGCAUUUUUGCUAUAUAUAUAGUGCGGGUUUUCUUUUUUCUUUUCCCCUGCUCUGACUUAUUUUUUAAGAGAAAACCUCUGUCCUUUCACCGGCCUCCCCUCCUCUCGCUACCCAAUUCCUGGAUGAGCCGAUCGCUCUCGCCCAAGCGCUGGAAGGAAGCUCCGGAAAGAAACAUGUUAAAGAAAAAAACCAGCGUCCAGCCAAUGUUUUGAAACAGUCGCGCAGAGAGAGGGAGAGAGCGAGCGAGCGAGCGCGAAGAGAAAACGGCCAGAGAACAGAGAGAGAGAGAAGGCAGGAAGAUUUUUCGCCUCCUGCCUUUUUCCAGCAGCCGCCUCGCUCGUUUUUUUGCAGAGAACCUGGAAGGAAAAGAGAAGCUCGAACAGAGGACCAGAAAAAAUACUGGGCUGAUUCCUUCUCCACCAUCACCCCGCUCUUUUAUGGUCCUUUUCUGAAAUCUCGUCAUCCACCCCGUUACCUUUUUAAUUUAAUUUAAUUCUUUUUUUAAAUGCUCCUGAUUUCUUUGCCUUUAUUUCCCUUGGCUUCUUACUCCCUCCUUUUCCCCCCUAAAGGCAAAAAGAGGCCGAUGUUGUGUGCAUUCGGGGAGGUCACGUCCAACAUCCGACUCCCUCUUUAUUUUUUGCAUCUGUUUUGACCCCUUCCUGCAUUAAACCCGUCCGAUCGUGGGGUGCUCCGAGGACUUUUUAAAAAGAUUUAAUUUGCAACUCUACAGAUCGCGAUGCUCCUGCUGCUGCUGCUUCCGUCGCCGGCUGCUCCUCGGUUUUAAAAAAGACUUGCCUGGUGCGAGCGGGGGGUAAAGAAAAACCGAAUUAUUUAUUUCUGGAAAUGACUGGCUGGACCGGACCGGGAAGUCCCGACGCUUUUGUGUUUCUUUUUCUGUGAAAAAGCUCACCCAACUCCAGCCAGCCUUUCUGGGUCCCUGAAUAUAUUUAUUUCCAAAUAACCCCCAAACUCUAUAUUUAUUUCCUCCUCCUUUCCACCGAGCCAUGAAGAUGAUUUUGGUGCGCAAAUUCCGGAUCCUUAUCCUGAUGGUGUUCCUCAUCGCCUGCACCAUGCAUAUCAUGAUCGACUUGCUGCCCAAGCUGGAGAAGCGGGCGGCGGGCGCCGACGGAGCCGGAGACGGCAGAGGCGGCGCUGGCGGAGCCGGUGGAGGCAGCGCCAACGCGGGCUGCUCCUGCUCGCACGCCGCGGCCGCCGCUGCAGCCAGCCGAGCCGGGGAGAAGGAAGGCGCGCGGGGCUGGGCGCCGGCUCCGGAGCUGCCCGAGCAGCAGCAGCAGCAGGCGGCGGCGGCUGCUGCUGCGCCCGCGGAGAGGGCCGGCGCCUCGGAGGCUGCCGCUGCAGCCGCGGGCUGGCCUAGCAAGCACACGCUGCGGAUCCUGCAAGACUUCAGCAGCGACCCCAGCUCCAACGUGAGCUCGCACUCGCUGGAGAAAGGCGCCUCGGAGCGGGCCGAAGCCUUCAAGCGCGCGCAGCAGGAGAAGCAGCAGCCCAAGGGGCCGGGUCUGACCCAGAAAGCGCUCAUCCAAGAUGGGGAGCUGCGCCACGGCCAGCCGAGCAAGAGGAGGCAGCAGCAGCAGCAGCCGGGGAACCGCCUGGGAGGCCACCGGCCUCGCCAGCAGCCGGGCUACGAGGAGGAGGACGGGGACGAGGAAGGCGCGUAUUUCUCCAAGCUGGCGGCUCUCUUCGAGCACCCGCUGUACAAGCUGCCUGUCCCGCCGCUGGGAGACCAGGACGUCCUGUUCAGCGUCAACAGCGACAUCCGAUUCAACCCCAAAGCGGCGGAGAAUCAGGAAUGGCAAAACGAAGGCAACGAAGACGAAGAGUUUCUACCCACUGGAGAAACGUCCAUUGAUUCCUAUCCAAACUGGCUCAAAUUCCACAUUGGCAUUAAUCGAUAUGAACUGUAUUCCAGACACAACCCGGCAAUCGGAGCCUUGCUUCAGGACCUGGCCUCCCAGAAAAUAACAAGUGUCGCAAUGAAAUCAGGAGGCACCCAGCUCAAACUGAUAAUGACAUUCCAGAAUUACGGGCAAGCCUUGUUUAAGCCAAUGAAGCAAACGAGAGAGCAAGAAACCCCCCCAGACUUUUUCUAUUUCUCGGACUACGAGCGGCACAAUGCGGAAAUUGCAGCAUUUCACCUGGACAGAAUCCUGGAUUUCCGGCGUGUCCCUCCAGUCGCAGGCAGAUUAGUUAACAUGACCAGAGAGAUAAGGGACGUUACGCGUGACAAGAAACUAUGGAGGACGUUUUUCAUCUCGCCAGCCAACAACAUCUGCUUCUACGGCGAGUGCUCUUACUACUGCUCCACGGAGCAUGCUCUUUGCGGGAAACCUGACCAGAUCGAAGGCUCCCUUGCUGCCUUUCUGCCAGACCUGUCUUUGGCCAAAAGGAAAACCUGGAGGAAUCCAUGGAGACGUUCCUACCACAAGCGCAAGAAAGCCGAGUGGGAAGUUGACCCCGACUAUUGCGAAGAGGUCAAGCAAACACCACCCUACGACAGGGGGACCCGAGUUCUGGAUAUAAUGGACAUGACCAUUUUUGACUUUCUCAUGGGCAAUAUGGAUCGCCAUCAUUACGAAACCUUUGAGAAGUUUGGAAAUGAGACAUUUAUUAUCCACUUAGACAACGGAAGAGGGUUUGGAAAAUAUUCCCACGACGAGCUAUCCAUCUUGGUGCCUUUAAAUCAGUGCUGCAGAAUACGGAAGUCCACCUACCUGCGGUUGCAGCUGCUAGCCAAGGAGGAAUACAAGCUCAGUCACCUGAUGGAAGAAUCCUUGCUGAAGGACAAGAUCGCGCCCAUCUUGUACAAGCUGCACCUGGAAGCAAUGGACAGGAGGCUCCGGAUAGUCCUCAAGGCCGUCAGUGACUGUAUAGAGAAAGAUGGCUACAGCAACGUCGUCGAAAAUGACUUUGUCUCCGACGUAAACACGAUGGCUACCAAGAGGUAGUGGAGAUCGCAGGACCAUGUUUUUAUUGGUUCCGUGAAAGAAAGAACCGGAGCCGGGGAGGGAGGAACAGUCUUGCGAGGGACUGUGUAUGCCGCUGUGUGAAUUCAGUGAAUUCAGAAAUUGCGAUAAUAAUAAGUAUUCUCAAAGUAGCUAAGGCGUAGACUCUGCAGAGGAUUUAGCUCUGGGGCUCGGGGGCAACCAGCUGGACCAAUUUGGAUGCCCCUUGGGGAAUCUACGAGUUUUUGGCAGAUGUGGCCUCCCCGUUGCCACGGCCUCCAUACAGUCCUGCUUCCCUUCAGCCCUAAAUUAUUUCUUCCCGUUGCCCGUGGCGGUGCAAGGGUUACACCUUGUGGGCGGAGCUUCUGGCAAGCCCCGCCUUGUGUGGCGUUGCUGUAGAUCCUGUGAUGUGGUUGUGGCCAAGCCCUCUCCAUCCUACGCGCAGAUACAAGACACACAGGCAUGCGGGGCACAUGGGCGAAGCAUGCGAGCAAUGUGGGGAAGGGCUUGCAGGAUAUUUUGAGGUGGGUAAAGGAAUAAUUGUCUAUCUCCGGAUUAAGUGAUUAGAAAAAGAAAUGCACUCAUUGUCACACUGUUAAAAAGAGCCAGUCCCCAAAACAUGAUUUGGAAAAAUAUUUUGAGAACAUGAAUUGCCUGGUGGCAAAAUGCACUUCUUUCCUUUCCUUUUGAGCUUAUUUUGUUUGUACAGAAAGCAGAUCUUUAUUUAAUAUUUUGUAUUUAUAUAUGAAAAAGUUGUCCUUUUUGUUUUGUUUUGUUUUUAAAAAUGCAAGCCUUGGGGAUGGGAGGGGAAAGCAACCGUCUCAUGUUCACAGCUCACAAUUUAAUAUCUAGGAAGGGCCAUACAUCUGUUAGCAACUGUUCUGGGGCUGUUUCCACUUCCAAUCUCAACUAAAAGGAAUCCCAAGCAGAGAGAGAAUCGAACCAUUAUGUACUCCCCAAGUUCAAAACUGCAUGCGCAUAGGAAAUGUAACAUGUCAAGGGGAAGGUUUGGCCUAUAAAUAUUGUUCCUGGCACGCUAGCUUUCAAAGUGCAAAAGAAUUGGAGACAUGGAAGAAGCUUCCCCCUCCCCACCCCCACCCACAGACUCAUAUUUAAAUGGUACAGUCUUAUAGAAGAACAUGCUUAGGGAUCAAAGAAUCAUAGAAUCGUAGAGUUGGAAGGGGCCCUGUGGAUCAUCUAGUCCAACCCCCUGCAAUGCAGGAAUCUCAACUAAAAGCAUCCAUGAUGGGUGACCAUCCAACCUCUGCUUAAAAACCUCCAGUGAAGGAAAGUCCACCACCUUCUGAAGCAGUAUGUUCCAUUGUCAAACAGCUCUUGCUGUCAGGUAGCUAUUUCUGAUGUUGGGUUGGAAACUCCUUUCUUGUAACGUGAAUUAGUUGUUUUGGGUCCUACCCUCCAGAGCAGGAGAAAACAAGCUUGCUCCACCUUCCAUAUAAGGAUGGCUAUAAUAUCUCCUCUCAGUCUGCUCUUUACCAGGCUAAACAUACCCAGUUCCCACAUAAGGCUUGGUUUGCAGACCCUCGUUCAUCUCGGCCAUCCCCCUUUGCACAUGUUCCAGCUUUUCAGUGUCCUUUUUAGAUUGUGGCACCCAGAACUGCACUCGGUACUCUGGGUAUUGUCUGACCAAGGCAGACUAGAAUGGUACUAUUACUAUUACUUCUCUUGGUGGGGAAGAAAUUUGGUUCAGUUGAUAUUUAAAGGUGAACCUACUUACCGCAAUGCUACAUGAACCAAGAGGCAACCACCCUUCAAAAUUCUGCAUUUUGCAGGGCAGUUCUCUAAACAAGGGCAAAAUGUGCAAAAAAGUAUGUAUGCUCCCAUGAAGCUUGGGUCAGAAUGCACAUACAGUACAGUGGUGCCACGCUUAACGAAUGCCCUGCUUAACGAAAUUUCCGCUUAACGAAAGAAUUUUUCGAGCGGAGGUUACCUCGCUAGACGAAUUUGUUUUAUGAAAAAUUCGUCUAGCGAAUCGCGGUUUCCCAUAGGAAUGCAUUGAAAUUCAAUUAAUGCGUUCCUAUGGGCAAAAAAAAAUUUCAAUGCAUUCCUAUGGGAUUCGCUAGACGGAUUUUUCGUUAUAAGAAAAGACCCAUGGAACGAAUUAAAUUCGUCUAGCGAGGCACCACUGUAUUGGUAUAAAAAGUAAUGAUCAUUUUAUUGGUCCAAAUCGCUUGGGAAAACAUGUGCAUUAAGUAAAAUUGCAAAUCAGAAUGUGUCUACUAGGAAGAAUUUGCACUAAGAUGCUGGUGGAUUUUUAUGAGGACUUAUUUUUUUAAAAAAAUGCAAACUGAUGUGGAAAUGUGAAGAACUGAACUCAGCUCUGGCAGAAAUGAGAAACAACGAGAAAACAAAAUCGACAGAUCUGCCCAGCCCUAGCUAUGCCUUCUGCGUUUAUUUCUCAAUGUGCCAUUAAGAUUCUUGUGUUCGGGUUGUUUCCGUCACUUUAUUUAAAUUGCUUCCGCCCCAACCCCACCCGUGUCUACUCAGCGCUUCAAGGAUGGAGACAACUCAGAAACUGUUUUCAAAGGCAAAAAGCCCCACAUGAUGAAUGGCAACCCGCCUAGACAUAGUCAAAGCUACAGCAACAUAGUCAAGAAGCGGAUUUUGAUAAUUUGUGCAUUGACAGGAAUACUUGAAUGUGGUUUUACAAAGUGAUGUAAAAAAAAAUAAUAUGACAAAUUGUACUAUUUAUCCAUAAGGAAAAGUAGCGGCUCUUAUCUUUCUAGACUGUCAUAGCAGAGCAGCUGCUUUCCAGACUUUGCUUUUGAUAGUUUUUGUGUAAAUAUACACAUAUACGAGUUUAAAAAAACAAAAAACCUGAAGAUUUAAAAAAAAACAGACAAAAAAAGCUGCUUUUGGCAGUGAUAGACUUACUUUUGCAGCAUUUUUUUUUUUGGUGGAUUUGUUUGCAAUGUGGUCCCAGUGCAAUAAAGAUAUGGCAAAUGUGUA